AUGCCCUCAACGUCUCCACUUCACAGUCUUUGGGAAGGGUGUUAUCGGAAAGAAAACAACCGGCCUGACUAUGGACGGGACUUUACUUUCUUACAACGACGAGGUAUUCUCUCACAUCUCGCAGAGAAAGGCGAUGAGCUGAUAAUUCUUGCCUUUCUCCUUUCUUCGGACAAAGUCGAUGUCGAUUCGAAGGAUAAGACCGGUCGGACGCCGCUUUCGCGGGCGGCCGAGAAGGGGCACGAGGCCGUUGUCAAGCUGCUGCUAGAAACGGGCAGAGUCAAUGUCGAGGUGAAGGAUAAUUUCGGUGGCAUGCCGCUUUCGAGGGCCGCGCAGAACGGGCACGAGGCUGUCGUUAAGCUGCUGCUAGAGAUGGGCAGAUCUAAUGUUGAGGCGAAGGAUACUUCGGUUAGACGCCGCUUUCGUGGGCCGUGCAGAACGGGCAUGAGGCCGUCGUUAAGCUGCUCUAGGGAUAGUUAUCAAGGGAGGGUGACCAACCAGGUGAUGUGCGGUCGACGCGCUCACCUCGAAGCUGGAGUUGGUGCCCAUAGGCAAUGA